UUGAUGCUGUGUGACUUGAGCCUCUCUUCACUGUCUUCUAUCAACCUCCAACUUUGUCAAUUGCCUUGGGAUACAGAAGCCCUUUCUGUCCCUCCUCUCCUUUUUCAUCGAUUGGACGCUUUUGCCUCCUUGCCACCACGCGAAGCCAUAGCCGGUCCGCAGCACUUUUUCUACCCGUCAAGCGGGUUAGUGGGGUUGCUCCACCACCUGCAAGCUUCGCAAAAUUUCCCACUCUCCCAGCAAACAGGAAAUGGGACUCAUUCACAGAUUCGCGGGUUUACCUACCUGAGAGAGGACUGGAUACACGAGGCAUUUUGAGGCAUCUUGUUGAUUAAAAUUGCAGCCCACAAAAAGGCUCCAUUGCGAUCAGGAGAAAAUAGAAUCUUGCGUGCCUGAUCUUGACGCGGGUUCUGGUUGGCAGAACGCCCAAAAAAAUGGCACGCACCCAACUUGGCACAGCGACCAAUUUUGGAGGCCGGCGCCAUUUUUGUUCCCCCUUGAAGAUCAUUCCUUGACAUGUGGGUGAGAUCAUCCAGCGGCAUCAUUUUGGUGCGCAACCACCAUGGAAACCAAAGGAACUGCUGCUUUGGUUGUACCCAUUUUUGCUGCAAGCGAAAAAUUGUCAAAACCAGAGGAAUGUAGAACUGGAGGAGAGGAUGUCAAGAGAAUGAAGAGUUGUGAUUGUGCAAAAUCCCCACCAAUCACCCUGCAGAGACUUCCAUGCUAGGCCACAAUUUUCAGAAGGCCAUGAAAAAUGUGGCCUGUCUCCGGUAUUUAAUAGAAGAGUUGAUUGCUCCCAUCGUGGGUGGAUCAAAGGUGUUUCCAUUCUUCAUGUUGAUCCUUCAUCAUGCGUUCACCAGUGCAGGGUGCCCUGGGUUCUAGUCGCCACAGUAUUCAGCAGAUGCGACAGCAACAAAAGCUGACAUUGAAGAAGAUAUUAUAUCAUUACUGCAUUGAAUGCUAUAGCCAAGUGGAUUUGCUGGGUGCAGAGUAUUCCCUGCCACAUGGCACAGCCGGACGGCCAAAACAGGUCACCGAAUACUUUACUAUAAAUUUCAAACCACAUCGGACGCCAGACCGUGAGCGUUCCAGUCUCCGAGAGAUGUGAUACAAGCGGAAGGCGUCGCCAGAGCGCAAGCUACGAGGAUACUCUAUAAAUAAAGUCUAAUUAGAAUAUUUAAUAGUGUUUAUUUCUGGACAUUCCCUUAAUAAAAUUAACUUAGAAUUAGCAAGAAGAAACCAUCAGUAUUAGUUAUUUCAUUAUUUUUAAA